AUGGCCCGUUUGGCAAACUUGAAUGGAGUCUUCGAAACACUGUCGAGGAUUCAAAUUAGGCUUGCAAGCCUCGAAAGGGCCAAAAAAGGAGUAGAAAUAGUUGGGUUUCUAGGGAAGAAGAAGGAUGAUUGUGAAGAACAACACAGCAUGCAAACAACAAGAAGGGUAGCACUAGGCCUUGCCUCCAUUGCAGUUGUUGGGAAAACUUGCAAUGCAGUCUCUUUCGCUGAAGACAACGGUUUUUGGAUAGAUGGCCGUAUUCCACUUCCUUCUGUCAAUAAUAAAAUCGAAAAUGAAAACACCGGCACUCGCUCUUUUCUGAAGAAGAGAAUCUUCAUUGCGGAUAUAGGGCUCAAAGGAAGAAUGUAUAGGCUGAGAAAAUAUGCCUUUGAUCUUCUUGCUAUGGAAGAUUUGAUUGGAAAAGACACAUUGAACUAUGUCCAAAAGUUUAUUAAGAUCAAGUCAACAUUCAUGUAUUAUGAUUUCGAUAAGGUGAUCACUGCUGCACCAGUUGAUGACAAGCAACCUCUCCUAGAUUUGGCUAACAGAUUAUUUGAUAAUGUGGAGAAGCUUGAUGCUGCUGUUAAACAAAGAAACAUACUACAGACAGAAACAACUUAUAAGGACACAAAGGCUAUACUCCAAGAGGUCAUGACCCGAAUGGCAUAGACUUUGUAGAUGUGGUUUUGAUCAUUUGAUUUACUAUUCAAAUGGGGGUUUUAUAAAAACUCAUUUCAUACAACCCCUUUGUUUUUUAUUUUUUAAGUCCUUACUUUAUAUAAUAUUAUCCUUUAUUUAAUUGACAAAA